GUGCCUCGCGCGUUUUGAAGACGCGCUUCUCCAACUGGAAACCCCCAAAUUCCGAAAUCUCAAACUCAACCAUUGAGAGACCUUCGCCUUCCUAAACCGGAUCUAGGGUUUUGCUUUCUUCUCUUCUCUUUCUUCAAGUAAUGUGGAAGCGCGGAAACAGAUCGAAGGCAUGGAGUCGGUCAAACCGCCGGGUUCUAGUUGCGGUCACUUUUGCUACUUUGUUUCUUUUCCUUUUAGUAUUCCUGUUUUGUAACGAUGCUAAACCGGCCAAUACAUCACUUGGAGUUGGACUUCAAAGGCAAAAAUGGAAUAGCUUUGAGUCAUCGGUGCAAAUGCACCCCACUGUAGGGUUCCGAAAUGGUACAGAUGUGAUAUGGCAGAUACCCGAUUCGCCAAAAGCAGUUCUCUUUCUGGCUCACGGUUGUGAUGGCCGUGCUGUUAAUUUUUGGGAUAGGUCUCCUGAAUGUCCUAAUUGUGUUGGUUUGCCGGAAGAAAGGCUGAUUGCGCUUUGCGCUCUUGCUCAAAAGUUUGCUGUUCUUACCAUAUCGAGUGCUGGGAGAUGCUGGUCAUUUGGGGAGGAGAUAAGAGUUGUUAAAGAUAUCAUAAGAUGGUGGAUUGAGAAGCAAGGGCUUGAGCAGCUUCCUCUUGUGGCUAUGGGGGCCUCGUCUGGCGGCUACUUUGUCUCUGUCCUUGCUACAGAGGUGAAGUUUUCAAGCAUUACACUUAUGAUUGCUGAAGGGAAGUUUGAUCUAAUGUCUGUAAAAGAAAAUUAUCCACCUACCCUUUUUGUGCAUAUGCCGAAAGAUGUUUACAGGCGGCAAAAGAUUGACGAAUUCAUGGAACUUUUAAGAAACAAAGGUGUUGAUGUUGCUGAGAUAGAAUGUAUGGAGUUCCCAUUAUCGCCACGUCUUUUAGCUGAUAGAAUACCAGGGCUUGAUCAGUCUGUUUCCGCCAAGUUGUUUGAACUCCUCCGACGCCAGGGCUUUGUCGAUGAAAAUGGUUAUAUGAGGAAUGACGGUCGGAGAACACGUUGGAAAGAGGCCCUCAGAGAGGAUAAAACUAUUUUUCUUGAUGAGCAUUUGGUCCAUCCUGUUCAGGAGGAACUCAAUCUUGCCUUUGCAUUUCAUGAAAUGACUAGUUUGCAUACUGACCAGAUCUUCAAAUGGUUUGAAUCUCAUAUGAGCUGACUGGUCUUCGGUCCUGAAGAGAUUUGUGUAUGAGCCAGAAUCUGAAGCAGUUCAAAUAACAGCUUUUACCAACUUUUGCUUGAGUUUCCUUGAUUUGAGAAGGACGUAAUCCUGGCAGCUCACUUGGUGUUCUGAUUUCAGAUUGUGCGGGAAUCUGAAGUCCCUCAUUAAUGAAAUUUUGGUUAUUCCC